ACGUAGUGACAGGAAAUUUCUUUGUUUUAAAUGGGCAGGUCAUUUAUACCAGUUCACCUGCUUGCCCAAUGGGUUAUCAUCGGCAUCCAGAAAGUUCACUAAGAUGUUAAAAGUACCCUUAGCAACCCUUCAUAGACAAGGACAUAUAUCCUUGGGGCAUAUAGAUGAUUUCUACCUACAGGGACAGAAUUAUGAAUCGUGUGUACACAACGUAAUAGACACGAUUAUACUUUUUGCCAAGCUAGGGCUAAUUACACACCCAGACAAAUCUAACUUUAUACCAUCACAAGUGAUAACAGUCCUUGGCUUCUUGCUCAACUCCAGAACUAUGACAGUGAGACUAACGGGGGAAAAAGCUGUACAGUUGAAGCAUGACUGCAUGCAAUUGAAGCAAACCACUUCCCCUCCUAUUAGAGAAGUAGCCAGAAUUAUAGGCAAAAUAGUAUCUAGUUUUCCUGGGACAACCCAUGGACCAUUAUACCAUAGGGAUUUGGAACAAGACAAAUCUCUUGCCCUAAAACACAACAAAGGAGACUAUGAGGCAAAAAUGGUCUUGUCUACAGCAGCUAGACUUGAGUUGGAUUGGUGGAUAAAUAAUAUAACUAGUGCAUAUCAGGUUAUUUCACAUGGUCAACCAUCAAUCCAAAUAACUACAGAUGCCUCCCUACGGGGAUGGGGGGCAGAAUGUGAAGGUGUGUCAACAGGGGGACCAUGGGCCCUUGAGGAAGCUCAACAACACAUUAACAGACUAGAAUUGUUGGCCUCCUUUUUGGGCCUGAAAGCCUUUGCGCGAGAGAGGGGCAAUGUGCACAUCAGACUCAGGUUAGAUAACACCACAGCUGUGAGUGUGAUCAAUCACAUGGGCACUAGCCACUCUCAGGCAUGUAAUACUAUAGGAAAGAACAUUUGGGAAUGGUGCAUAGAUAGACACAUUUGGAUUAGUGCUGCAUACCUACCUGGGAAACUUAAUACUACAGCAGAUGCUGAGUCUAGGAACUUUGAUGUUCAUUUGGAAUGGAUGCUUGAUAAUAAUAUUUUAAGAGAGUCUCUCAAGACCUUGCACUUUGAGCCUGAGAUUGACCUGUUUGCAUCCAGACUGAACAACCAGUUUCCCAGGUAUGCAGCAUAUAAACCUGAUCCCAAUGCGGAGAUAAUCGAUGCAUUUACAAUGCAAUGGGGAUCACUAAAGUUUUAUGCAUUUCCUCUUUUCAGUGUAAUUCCUUUAGUUCUAAGCAAAAUGUGCAAAGAAAAAGCGGAGGGAAUAGUAGUCAUUCCAGAUUGGCCCACUCAGAGCUGGUAUCCGAAGGCAAUGCAGAUGCUGCAGAGACCUCCAGUGCACCUGAAAGCACGAAAAAGUCUGCUUCACCACCAGGUCAGCCAAACCAAGUACAUCCUUUACACCACAAACUCAAUCUACUGGUGUGCCUCUUAUUAGGGAGGCUCUAAAUCAGUAUAAUUUAUCAGAGAAUGCUAAAAAUAUAUUAAUGGCGUCAUGGAGAACAGGCACAACGAAGCAGUAUAAGACAUAUCUUACUAAAUGGCAAUCCCACUGCAAAGUAAACGGGUUGGACAUAUUCAAACCAGGCUUAGAAAAAGCCAUAGAUUUUUUGAGUUAUUUGUUUCAAGAAGGUUUAAGUUAUAGCGGAGUAAAUACUGCUCGCUCGGCACUAUCAACAAUCUUAGGAUUAGAGGAUGGAUUUAAAUUUGGUGAACACCCACUGGUUUGCCGAUUUAUGAAGGGAGUUUUUGAACUUAAACCCGCCUUGCCCAAGUACAAGGAAGUUUGGCAAGUAAGCACCGUUUUAGACUACCUCAAAACAACCAAACCAGCGAGCCAGUUAAACCUCAAAAAUCUUUCACAAAAACUUGCGAUGCUAUUAUGCCUCACAACAGCCCAACGAUGUCAGACUAUCCACCUCAUAGACAUUAAUGGCUUACAAGCUUUGCAGAGAAAAUUCCGUUUAACAAUCACACACAAGCUAAAACAAACCAAACCUGGAAGACAUAUUGAUCCUAUCGAAUUGAUGGAGUUUAAAGGUGAUGAAAAACUCUGUGUUGUUGAGCAUCUAAAAGAAUAUUUGAAACGAACACAGCAGUUGAGGGGUGAACAUACUCAAUUAUUUUUAAGCUUUAUCAAACCUUAUCAUCCGGUAACUAAAGAUAGUAUUUCUCGGUGGGUUAAAUCUGUCUUACAACAAGCUGGUGUAGAUGUCACCAAAUACACAGCACACAGUAGCAGAGCAGCAACAACUUCACAUACCAAACGAAAAGGACUGAGUCUACAAGACAUUAUGAAAACUGCUGGCUGGACAUCUGCCACAACGUUUGAAAAAUUUUAUCACAAACCCGCCGAAACGUCAAAAACCUUUGGACAAACAGUAAUGAGUGAGGAUUAA